AAAGGUAUCUUUGUUGUUCUUGUUGUUAAGUAUUUGGAAUGAUAGUUGUAGUGCUCUCUUUUGUUAUAAUUCUUAAGACUAGGUUGUUGGAUAGGAGUACUUGCAUGUGACAGUGAGAGGUUUAGGCCGCUGUGGAAUGAGAAAUGUAACAUCUUUUCCUGUGUGUAACUAAAAAGGGUUGAAUGUUCGGAAAAUGUUAUAACUUAAAAUAAUUACAAAUGCAAGUUGUCAGAUAGCGUCUAUUAUGUGUGCUACAGAUCCAAAAGAUUUUGAAGAAAAGAAUCACAGGAGAUAUACCUGUCCUUUACACAUAAGAUGGUCUGCACAGUACAUUAUAUUAUUAUUUUUACCUUGCCAAUAGAGCGCGCAUGCCUGGUGAUCAUUCUAGGCCCACCUGUAGCCUGCCUGUCUUCUACAAUAUUCCACUGUGAAUCCACGAUACUAUAAGACUUAGCCAAAUCCUCAUGCACUACCUUAACCCGCGAAUAAAUAGGGGUGCAUUUCACCACAGAGGCAUGUAAACAAUAGAGGGUAUAAAAGUGAGACAAGCUGAAAGAAAUAAAACCAAGAUCUUCAUAUAAAAAAUGCAAAUGGCGGUGUUAAUGAUAAGUCGUCGAGUAUACGUAUAAGCGUAUUUUCCUGUAGAACAUUGAUUGGUUCAGCCCGCCUGAGGUUGGCUACAGGCUGUCUAUUGAAACUGCUCAGACAAAAAUGUAAUAAUAAACACCACGAGUUGCUGUCCCAUUUGAUUUUCACCUCUGCUUUCGAAAACAGUGUCACGAGCUCGACUGCCAUCAGCAUCAGCGUAGGCAUUGGGUUAAAGGGACGCCGACAACAGGCUAGUUGGUGAAGCGUGAGUGACGGCGAGGGAGGGUGUGUGAGAGCGUGUCUCGUGGAUGGAGAAGAGACAUCAUCCCUGAUAUCUAAGCACCAUCAUUCAUAUCGUAAGAGAAAAUGGAAGUCUCGAGGAGGCGGAUGAAGCACCUUGAGCCAGCCCGGCCACUUCGUCGCUUGAAUACUGAUCCAGAUCAGCCGAGAUACGCAGACCUUGAUUCAUUUGCACAAUCACAGGCCACCUCAUUUAAUAGAAUUGAAGUGGAGCAGUUUUAUGAAAUUCUUCAGCUACACAGCCAGUGUCUUGCUGCAAAGAAAGAAAGGAUAUCAUAUAGCAGGGAAUUUCUCCUUCAAGUUGCCAGCUCUCCCAUGGCUAGAAGAAGGCCCGAUUUCUUACCUGAGCACCCAGUUGUUUUAGACAAGGCGAGGGUCCAGGAUGUCAGAAGGCUCAUUCUGUGCAAUACAUCACCUGGAAAAGAGGACCUGUCAGUCCAGUGCCUAGCAAAGUAUGAGCGGAACAAUUCUCCCUAAGAAGAAAAGUGCAAAGGUAGAAGAGAAAUCCUUUUUAUCUGUGGAUUACUUUUAGACCUCUGUAGGUCUGUGGUGGGUGAUAUGCCAAAAGGACCACUACUGUUUUUUUGUUUGCUAUCCUGGUCGACUGCAAAGCAUUGUGGCCUUAAGUGUAAAUAACUGUUAAGCGGGUGUUUUUUUUGUGUCUUAACUAUAUUAUUAUUUAUUAUAUUUUGUGAUUGUUGUUGUGAAUUUCUCACUUUUCCUUUUGCCUCUUUUUUUUUGUUUAUGUAAGACUUCAUUUCAGAUUAUUUCUUUUUGGUGUGUAAAUUGUGUGAUCAGCAAGAGUGCACGUUUUUAGGUUUAUCUAACAGAGUUUAGUCGUUACAGGCGGGUGCUUUGUUUAAUUUUGUUUUGGUUUACACUCAGUGCCUUUUAAUUUGCACAUGUGGCCUGGAAAACAGAGUGAGAAAAGUGACACUGAAGUGCAGUAUUUGCACGGUGAUGUUGGUAGAUCCCAAACAUAAGUCAUUCCACUGUUUGGCACCAUGAUUAAAAAAAAACAUUAUUCUAAAUGAUUGUUGCGUCGUGUUUCGUUAUUUCUUUUUUAUCAAUAAGUUAAUUCAAGAUUCCUAAACAGAUGAAUGGUAGGUAACAUACCUGGCUUCAUUCCCAAAGAGUGCAAAACUUAAAAACUGGCAGAACAAUUAGAAAGAAAAGUGACUGGUAUAAUUCGUUCUCACUCUGGUCUAACCCUGAGAAGGGAAGCUAUAGCCUUGUCGUAAAAACGUAAUGGCACGAGCACGCCAUUAGGGCUACCGGCCAAACAGCGGGGCUUCCGUUCUUUUGCUUGUAUAUUGGAGCUCGCGGUCACGUACUCCAUUCCAAUGCAAACGACAAAAGCGGAUGUUGAAUGAAGGUCGAAAAUCGAGUAAACGAAACUACAUUCUGUUAGCCUAUUUCAAACAUAACUGUUAACAGAAAACUGAUAUUCGGAUACACGCUAUCUACUCUUGUCACAGGUGUCUGCUUGCAGGCAAUAAUACCAUCCGGAAUACAGUUUGUCUGUAGUAGCUUCUGUGUUUUCGAAGGAAAAUGACACCAGGCUUUAAUGACGAGAAAAACGGAGCAGGUGUAAGCUGUAAUAAUGUACUUGUGCACAAUCCUAAUUUGGAUGCCAUGAAAGAGGAUAUACUUUACCAUUUCCACUUGGGGACAGCCACACAUGAUUUGCCAGCAAUGUUUGGAGACGUCAAGUUUGUAUGUGUGGGAGGCAGCCCCUGGAGGAUGAAGGCAUUCAUAGAGUACAUCGGUCGAGAGUUGGGCUUGGCUGACCCCAAAACUGACUACCCUAACAUUUGUGCAGGGACUGAUCGCUAUGCCAUGUACAAAGUGGGACCGGUGCUCUCAGUCAGUCAUGGAAUGGGAAUUCCCUCAAUAGCCAUCAUGCUACAUGAACUAAUCAAACUCCUCUACCAUGCUCGCUGUACUGAUGUCACAGUUGUGCGAAUUGGAACCUCAGGUGGAAUAGGCCUGAAACCCGGCACUGUGGUCAUCACCAAGCAGUCAGUGGAUGCCUGUUUCCAACCACGCUUUGAGCAAGUUAUUCUGGGAAAGCCAGUGGUCCGUAGCACUGAACUAGACUCUGACCUGGCAGAAGAGCUGCUACAAUGCAGUAAAAACUUGGGAGACAUGGAAACAGUCAUUGCCAACACUAUGUGCACAAUGGACUUUUAUGAGGGUCAGGCUCGGCUGGAUGGGGCCUUCUGUUCGUACACAGAGGAAGACAAACAGAACUACCUCAAAGAAGCCUAUGCUGCAGGAGUUCGCAACAUUGAGAUGGAGUCUUCUGUAUUUGCUGCCAUGUGUAAACUCAGCCAUCUUAAAGCGGCAGUGGUGUGUGUGACCUUGUUGGAUCGUCAGAAGGGAGAUCAGCUGACCAGCUCUCACGACGUCCUUCAAGACUACCAGCAGCGGCCUCAACUGCUUGUGGGGCACUUCAUCAAGAGGCGCCUAAAUGCCAAGAACAAAGGCUUCUCAUCAUCCUCAUCCUCAUCCCAUGGUGUCGAUAAGGCAAAGACAUCCUGAGAGUUUCAUCAGGAACGGUGGCUUACUCGCACUGUUCAUUCCAAAUUUCGAAUCAUUUUUAUUAAUUUU